GUUCACUCGCAUAUAUUAGGCAAUUCAAUCUUUCAUUCUCUGUGACAAAACUAGUCGGAAAUGAGCUGCGUACAGGCAGGAUAACCCAUUCGUCAUCGAAGGGAAGAAGUGGGUUUAAAACGCGAUCUGUGUUAUUUAUAAAAAAUAUUUCAAUCCGUCGGGGUUGAUCGAAGACAGUCUCUUGCUGAUGUUAACCGUACGGGACGGGCUGAGCAAAACACUACGAGAUAAACCCCUCGGAACAUUACGGUGGGGUAUCGCUGGGACCCCUUUGCCGCUUCGUCGGGACUACGUAGAAGAUGGCAAAUGAUAAUUUGGUGGAUCAAUUACAAGCCUUUAGUAUUCCUGUUUGUCGCAAUUUAUGAAUCUCGUCUGGAACGAAGAUUGUAUGUGCCAAAUACCGGACAGAGUUUGAUGGAGUUGUGUGCACUUUUCUAUGCGAUCCCGCCCCAGAACUAGACGGAAAAAAGACACUAAUUUUGCACGCUGUCGGGAAAGGACAUCAUGUUCGACUGCAUGGACGUUCUCGCCGUGAGUCCGGGGCAAAUGCUGGAUUUCUACACGUCGAGCCCCUCGUCCUGUAUGCUACAAGAGAAAGCGCUGAAAGCCUGCUUCAGCGGGCUGGCACAACGGGACUGGCAGCAUCGGCGGAGCGCACAGUCAAUCGAGACCCAGAGCACUAGUUCGGAGGAGCUGGUCCCGAGCCCCCCCUCCCCCCUGGCGCCCCCCCGGGUCUACAAACCCUGCUUCGUCUGCCAGGACAAGUCCUCAGGCUACCACUAUGGAGUCAGCGCAUGCGAGGGAUGCAAGGGGUUCUUCCGACGGAGUAUCCAGAAGAACAUGGUGUACACGUGUCACCGGGAGAAGAACUGCAUCAUCAACAAAGUGACCAGGAACCGCUGCCAGUACUGCCGACUGCAGAAGUGCUUCGGCGUGGGCAUGUCCAAGGAAUCCGUGAGGAAUGACCGCAAUAAGAAGAAGAAGGAGAGUCCCAAGCAGGAGCAGGUGGAGACAUACCAGCUGACCGCUGACCUGGAGGCCCUCAUAGAGAGGAUACGCAAGGCCCACCAGGAGACCUUCCCCUCACUCUGCCAACUGGGCAAAUACACCACGAACUCCAGUGCUGACCACCGUGUGCGUUUGGAUCUGGGGUUGUGGGACAAGUUCAGCGAGCUGGCCACCAAGUGCAUUAUCAAGAUCGUGGAGUUUGCCAAGCGCGUGCCCGGCUUCACCGGCCUCACCAUCGCUGACCAGAUUACACUCCUCAAAGCAGCCUGCCUUGACAUCCUGAUUCUGCGGAUCUGCACGCGCUACACGCCGGCUCAGGACACCAUGACGUUCUCAGACGGCCUGACGCUGAACCGCACGCAGAUGCACAACGCCGGCUUCGGCCCGCUCACGGACCUGGUCUUCGCCUUCGCCAACCAGCUGCUGCCCAUCGAGAUGGACGACACGGAGACCGGGCUCCUCAGCGCCAUCUGCCUCAUCUCCGGAGAUCGGCAGGACCUGGAGGAGCCCUCAAAGGUGGACGAGCUGCAGGAGCCGCUGCUGGAGGCGCUGAAGAUCUACGUGAGGAAGAGGAGGCCCAGCAAGCCGCACAUGUUCCCCAAGACCCUGAUGAAGAUCACCGACCUGCGCAGCAUCAGCGCCAAAGGUGCGGAGCGGGUCAUCUCCCUAAAGAUGGAGAUCCCGGGCUCUAUGCCCCCCCUCAUCCAGGAGAUGCUGGAGAACUCAGAGGGCCCAGACGGCCAGACCCAGGCGGGAGGGGGGGGCAGUGAGGGGCGAGGGGGGGACAGUGGCAGCGGGGACGACUCUGAUGCCCCCCCAGAGCCAAAAUCUGCCCCACCCUCCCCUGAGCCCACCUCAGAGGACGGCCAGGACGAUGAACCCUAGAACCCCGUCCAAACAACACACACACACACACACACUCUCAUUCUCUUUCCUUUCUUUCUCUGUGCACACUAUCGUCACACAUACACACACACACACUAUCGUCACACAUACACACUAUCUUCACACGUACACACACUCACACACUAUCGUUACACGUACACACACACACACACACACACACUAUGGUCAAUCUGCUUGGACCCUCCGGUUUCAGAAGUCGAGAACAUUCUGUUCCAUUUGUGCACUCGCCCAUCCAGGAGUCCAAGAGACACAGAUACACACACACACACACACUAUCGCCCAUCCAGGAGUCCAAGAGACAUGAAGACAACGUUGCAGGAACUGCCCCCGUCCCGUCUCCUUGGUUACCCUCUAUCCAUCUGUGUGUGUGAGUGUGUGUGUGUGGGGGGGAUUCCCUCCUCUUAAUCUCAACGUUUUAUCUCCCUUUUGCCUCUUCAACACACAACACAGAAAACAAAGCAGAAAGUUCUGGCCUGAAGGGACCAGUGAUGUGUGUGUGUGUGUACAUUAGACAGAAGCUCAGCACAGAGGCAUUAUUCUCUCUAAAGACUAGGAACAAAACACACAGACAGCCUGUGUGUGUGUUUACACUCCUCAUGUCCCUGGAAAUUCAAAACAAAAACAUCUGCAUGAGGGGCUUCAAGUUUUUCUCUUUCUUUCUCUUUAUCAAUCUCUCAUUCUCUCUCUCUCUCUCUCUCAUGUUGUUGGCACACAUUGUACAUACCAUUGUAUGGUUAGCUCUGUUUCUUGAAGACUGUGGUGCUUCUGUUUACUGUCUUAAAUAUUAUUGGUUGAGGCAACACUAGGAUAAAGAUGGGCGCUGUGUAUAAGUCCUUUUACAAAACAGUUAUGUAGAAUGUUCUUGCCUAUAGACAGUUAAGUCUAAAAUUGUGUUGUUCUUAUAUUUAAUUGUUUGUUUGUUUCAUGCAUUUUGGAGAGAAAAAACAAACUGUGUCAUGCUUUGUUAUGGAACAAGUCUUUAUGCGCAGCGACAACUUUCAUAUCACCCCAUUAGCUGCGGGGUGGCUAAUAAGGUUAGCUGGUUAGCUGUGGGGUGGCUAAUAAGGCAGAGGAUUCACUUAACCCAUUAGCUGUAGGGUAAGGUUAGCUGGUUAGUUGUGGGGUGGCUAAUAAGUUUAGCAGGUUAGCUGUGGGGUGGCUAAUAAGGCAGAGGAUUCACUUAACCCAUUAGCUGUAGGGUAAGGUUAGCUGGUUAGUUGUGGGGUGGCUAAUAAGUUUAGCAGGUUAGCUGUGGGGUGGCUAAUAAGGUUAGCUGUGGAGUGGCUAAUAAGGUAGAGAAUUCACUUGACCCAUUAGCUGUAGGGUAAGGUUAGCUGGUUAGCUGUGGGGUGGCUAAUGAAGUUAGCUGUGGGGUAGCUAAUAAGGUUAGCUGUGGGGUGGCUAAUAAGGUUAGCUGUGGGGUGGCUAAUAAGGUUAGCUGGUUAGCUGUGGGGUGGCUUAUAAGGCAGAGGUUCACUUGACAGGUCUCAUAUGGCCCUCCACCCAACUGGACAUCAGAUAUCAGUAAAAACAUCAAGGCAAUACUAUCCUCCGAUGCCCGCAGUCAUCCAUAAGCAGCGUUUCCAAGGCAAUUAUGAGGUGACAGAAGCUGUAGAUGGUCUGUCAUAGUUACCACUCACUACAGUGUUGCCAUAGCUACCACACACAACGGUUUGUUUGAUUUGCAGUAACGUAAUCACAGCGAUCUAAACAUAUAACAUUUGCACUUCUGUCCUGGUAAAACCCAUCCAGGCUACUAUCUGGACUUGGUUUAAAAGGGAAAAAAAAGAAUAACUGUCAGCACUUGGCAAAUAUGGGGGUCAGAGUCACAGACGCCGCCAUGAAGAAGCCGACUUGGGUCAGCCACCCAACACAGUCGAGUCUCGACCUGUGUCAGCCACCCAACACAGUCGAGUCUCGACCUGUGUCAGCUACCCAACACAGCUGAGUCCUGGGUCAGCCACCCAACACAGUCGAGUCUCAACCUGUGUCAGCUACCCAACACAGCUGAGUCCUGGGUCAGCCACCCAACACAGUCGAGUCUCGACCUGUGUCAGCCACCCAACACAGCUGAGUCCUGAGUCAGCCACCCAACAUAGUUGACGCUAACUAAACAAAACGCACAGAUUCUAGGCCAGAGACCAGAAUCCUGAUCCUCUAUUACAUAAGUGUCUUUCUUUUUUUCUUUCUGAGAAACGCAGUAUGAGCAGGCAGGGGCAUUUGCAAUCUUUCUGUAAAACCGUGCUGUUCUUCAACAUACUCCACCACCGUAUCGAUUGUACAUUCUUAUUGGUGUUGUAUUUUGUUAUCUUUUUUAUUAUUUGUUUCAUUUUGUUUGCUGCAAACUAUGGAACCUCACAUUCCGUGACCUUAGAGGGUGUUUUUGAUGCCGUUUUCGCCAAACGGAGCCUUGUUUUUGUCUGGUCCUCAGAAUGAUAUGAAAACCUGCACACUGAACACUGAUGAGAUUCUUAAUGAGCUCCUGACCGCUCUGAAUUGUACAUGAUGUUUAGGAGCGCCCGCUCACAAGAACACGUCCUCUUAGUCAAGACCAUGACACUCACGACUGCUGUAGGACUCCAGAAGGCCAGGACAUGCUUGUAUUGUCUGGUUGCCAAUUUCAAAAACACACUUAAUCAUACAGAUUACUAAUGCUUACAUAACCUUGGCACUUAAAAUGGGCGAAGGAAAUGCCUUCUUAAAGAGACCACUGCUCUUUGUUCAUUCUGUCAUUGUCAGGAUAGCGGCUCAAUUGGACAGAGAUUUACCCCUGAUCCAAUCCAGUUGUGCCCUUGAGCUGGUCUUGAUCUCCCCCUGAUUGGAUCCUGUGGGGAACAUGAUGAGGGUGGAAGUCCAGGCUGGGAUGAAAGGACUGAGAAACUAAGUCUAGGCUGUAGGGGAAAAAAAACAGGGUCUCCAUAACAGCAUCAUUUAUGAAGUUGUUAUAGCAACAAGGGAACCUAAAGCUCUGGUCUUGCCAUUCUCAGCUGUACUCACUCAUUCUCAUCAUACGGGUUAGAAGUGGCAUUCACUCCCAAACUCAGCCUCUGCUGUACUCACUCUCACUCAUCAUACGGGAAUCCCAAACUCAGCCUCUGCUGUACUCACUCUCACUCAUCAUACGGGAAUCCCAAACUCAGCCUCUGCUGUACUCACUCUCACUCAUCAUACGGGAAUCCCAAACUCAGCCUCUGCUGUACUCACUCUCACUCUCACUCAUCAUAAGGGAAUCCCAAACUCAGCCUCUGCUGACUCACUCUCACUCUCACUCAUCAUAAGGGAAUCCAAAACUCAGCCUCAGAUGCUGCUCAUGUUUGACUUUCAAACACAAACAUGCAGUGUAUUUGGAUUUGUAGUUUUAUGUUUUAUUAAGAAGUUAUCAAUUUAAUUGUAUUUAAUGUUGUUUCACUUGAGAUGCUGACAUUGAUCUGGCCCUAAACUGGUCUGAAUCCAGAUAUGAAGUGGUCUGGGUCUGGUCUUGAUCUAGCCUUUAACUGGCCUGGAUUUGGUCUAGAUGUGGCCCUAAAGUGACCUGGAUGUGGUCUAGAUGUGGCCCUAAAGUGACCUGGAUGUGGUCUAGAUUUGGCCCUUAAGUGACCUGGAUGUGGUCUAGAUUUGGCCCUAAAGUGACCUGGAUCAUGAACUGAUAAUAAUUCUGAAUCUGGUCAUAAACUAAUCUGUUAUCUCAAGUGGUCAAGGUUUGAAUCUGAUCCUUACCUGGUCUCAAUCAACUCCAGAUCUAAAGUUGUCUAAUACAUCCUAGCCAGACAUGUGACCAUGGCACAUCCUACCUGGACCACACGAGUAGGGACGACCUGGUUUUACUCUGGCAGCUACAUCUUUGCCUUUACCUCUGUUGCAACAGCUCAACUUGAGACGAGCACCAUUCAUUAAAGCACUUUUUCUGUUGGAGUCAACUCCUUUAGCUGAGUUACGCCUCGUACAGGCGAUUUAAUUAGUUUGGGAAUUUCAGACUCGCUGAAUGUUAAAUUGUUCCCUCGUAUCUUUAAGCUAAAUCUGCAGCUUCUGGCCAUACAGUACAUGACCAGCUGAUGAGCACUUCAUAUGUCUAUAGAGUACAUGACCAGCUGACGAGCACUUCAUAUGUCUAUAGAGUGCAUGACCAGCUGAUGAGCACUUCAUAUGUCUAUACAACAUGACCAGCUGACGAGCACUUCAUGUCUAUAGAGUACAUGACCAGCUGACGAGCACUUCAUAUCUCUAUACAACAUGACCAGCUGACGAGCACUUCAUAUGUCUAUUGAGUACAUGACCAGCUGACGAGCACUUCAUAUGUCUAUACAACAUGACCAGCUGACGAGCACUUCAUAUUCUACGCUGCACACACCAUACAGUACAUGACCAGCUGUGAUGAGUUUGCAUUUUCAUAUGAAUUUAAUCGUGCCUCGCCACAGAAGAGUGUGUGUGUAUCUUUGGUUGCUCUGAUCAGAAUGUCUAAUCAGAAUGUGUGUGUGUGUAUAUUUAGUUGCUGGAUUUGUUCCACAGCUGAUGAAUGUCUCCACUCAUUAGCUUCUGCAACGCAGCCAAUAAGAGGUUCCGUUUCCAUUCUGUUGAAUGUUAGUGAAUGUGAAAGUCCUCUUAACACUGGUUUCAUGACCUCAUGCCUUCAUGUGCAAAAUGGUGCGCUGCGCUGCACUGCAAGAUCACCUGCAGUGCCCAUCGUCAUAUCGGCAGAAUCAAACAUACUCAUCAUGAAGUGGUCAGGGUUACUGGCCCAGAACUCCAGCAUUAAAGGGGAAUCACUGAUUGGUCCACUCCCAGCUAUGACCCAGGGGUUUCCUGUGAAGCAGGAUUAGUGGUGCUGAUUACUGCUAGGUGUUGGGCACAAAGCCUGAAAUGACAAGUUGAACAAACAGAAGCAAAUGUUAAUGCUUGAAUUUGAGCACACCUCGGGCUCCAGGCUUAACAUAUCACUGAUCUUGUGUAAUAGUGUACCCCUCAGAUGAGGCCGAAACCUGGCCUGGGUCAUCUCGGGUCUGACCUGGAUAAAACUUGGGUUCUAUUCAGCUCUCUAGUCAGAUGCAUUCCAUUCCAUUCCGAACAGCUGUGGCCAGUCAGCAGAGGCUCUGACGCAACUGGAGCGCGGCACCUCACAGGACAUUCCUUUGGCGUCCCACAACCCACCACACCACCAACGACCAGGCCGUGCCAGAGCAUCACGUCUUCAUAUUUAAAUCGGUUUGGAAAUCCUUAAAAGCCCAACAGCAGCAUUCUCUCUGUUGAGAGUCCUGCAGCCUCUGAGGUGGUGAGAACUCUGGAAUCUCAUUGAAUGUUUGUGGUGGAACAAAAAGGGGGUCGUCACGGUUUAUGUCUCUAUGCCUCAAUUUUCAUGCAGUGAUGUACAGUUGUAUUCGAACAAUUCUGUUUGCUUUCAGCCAUCUAUAUGGAAGAGGGUCAGCUCAGCAGGCCGUGGAUACUGAGGGGGUUAAAAAGUGAACAAAUGGAUGUUUCUUUUCUCCCAGAGUCCUUGCAGUCUUGCUGGGGUUGACAGAGCAUCUCUGCUUUCUGUCGGAUGUCUUUUCAAACUGUCUCUUGUUUGUACAUUAACAUUAAUGGUUUUUAUGUUCAUAUACCGUUUUAUCUUUACCAUGAACUCUCCUGGCAAGAUAAUAAAAAUAUAUUUAUUUUAAACUA